UGAGUACGGUCUUACUUUUAGCGAUUGUUGCAAACACGGUGCUUUGCCGGAGAUUUUUACCAAUUAAUUGACGUAAUUCACGAGCAUCAAGAGACAUGCCCCGCUACAGAGAAUGGGAUCUGGCCUGCAAGGUAUAUGUGGGAAACUUGGGAUCAUCGGCGUCUAAAUACGAAAUAGAGAACGCCUUUUCAAAAUAUGGACCAUUGAGGAACGUAUGGGUUGCUCGCAACCCACCUGGUUUUGCCUUCGUUGAGUUUGAAGACAGGCGUGAUGCGGAGGAUGCAACCCGGGCGCUUGACGGCACUCGCUGCUGCGGCACACGCAUUCGAGUGGAAAUGUCCUCGGGCCGCUCACGUGACCGCCGUCGAGGCGGAUUCGAAAGUGGCAGUAGCAGUGGCGGACGAUUCGGAUCCGGACGUUACAGGAUAACUCCUUCGGCUAGAACUACUUCCACUGCUACUUCUUCCUUCUACAACAUCAGCAACCCACAACCUGCAACCAUCUUCACAGCCACUGCCAGCAAUCUUCAACUUUCAACUCUAAAAAUUAUCAAGUUCUGCGCGUUUUCAUCGUAGAAGAAGAGCAUUGCAGUCGCCAGAGUUCUACUUAUGAAGUUAUCCUGCGUAUCUUUUUUUGUUUAAAAAAAUGCAUUUUUUUUAUCAAACAAUAUGCUUUACUUGACGUUUACUAGUUUUGAAAUAUUUUUGUUGUGUUAAUACUGAAAAUGACCCUAUUCCACAUUUAAAAUUCUUUAGAAGCUUUACAAUGAGGCACAAAAUCAA